CCAACCAUGGGAUAAAUAAAAGGGCAACGGAGCUCAGAUGACAUCAUACUUGGAAAAUAAUUUGACACUAGAGGGCGGAUAUUUUGUUUUCACUAAAUUCGUUAAUACAAAAUGUCGGACAGUGUAGACUCUGGAACUAAACCUUGCUGUGCUUUAGCUGCUGGUCCCAAGAAAGACUGUUGUGUUGACAAAAAGUGCUGCAAGGAAGGAAAGCAGGGGGAAUGUUGUGAUGAAAAAAAAAAGGACUGCUGUAAAGAGGGAGCCACUUGCUGCAAAUCUGUUGAGCCUGAUUGUUGCAGCGAUAAAGAGAAGUGCAAGUGUAACCCCGAAAACUGUCCAUGUUCAAAGUAAAGUUCUAAAAGUAAAUAACUAUAUUGUACAGAGCUCAAGAAGUAUUAAAAACUUAGCUCACUGAAA